ACAUCGUGUCUUAACAUACUCUCUUUACUUAAGAAAACACAUCAGAUUCCAAAAGUUUCAGAUUCUCGUAAUUAGAUUCGUAACGCUAUGGAUCAAAUUCAAGUCGGAGAUUCGAAAUGCGACGGAGGAAGUAGCCGUAACGACGCGGUUGUUUCUGUCGGAGCGACGUCGCGGUUCGAUACUUUGCCGGAAGAUUGUAUCUCUAUGGUGAUUUACCAUACUACACCACGCGACGCUUGCGUCGUGGCUACCGUUUCGAAAACGGUUAAGUCGGCGGCUGAGUCCGAUUUGGUCUGGGAGAAGUUUAUCCCGCCGGAGCACUCGUCUCUUGUUUCUCGCUCGUCGAAGAAAGAGAUUUAUCUGUCUCUCGCUGAUGAUCCCGUUCUGAUCGAUGAUGGCAAAAAGAGCUUUUGGUUGGAGAAAGCUAGUGGGAAGAAGUGUUACAUGUUAUCUGCGAUGGAUUUGAAGAUCACAUGGAGUGAUUCUCCUGCGUAUUGGCAAUGGGUUACAAUACCUGAAUCUAAGUUUGAGAAAGUAGCGGAGCUUUGUAACGUCUGCUGGUUCGAGAUUCGCGGGAAGAUAAGUUGUAGUAUGCUGUCUAAGGGGACGCAUUACUCUGUUUACUUAGUGUUCAAGAGAGCAAGUAGUAGAUCAUACGGUUUCGACCACACGCCUAUUGAAGCUGAAGUUGGGUUUGCUGGGAAGGAAGCUAAGAAGACGUUUGUGUUUCUUGAACCGGGUGAUACGGAUCCACGCAGUGGUUAUGGUUACUCUGGUGUUUCGCUAUCAGCGGUGUCUAGAGCGUUUAGGACGAGGCGACCGUGGAUGCGGUUUCCGAGGGAAGAAGUUGAAGGAGAGAGGGAGAGUGGUGGGAAUGCGGAGGAGCCGAAGGAGAGAGGAGAUAAGUGGAGGGAAGUGAAGCUUGGGAGUUUUUACAUUAGCAGUGAAGGUUGUGAGGAGGGUGAUGAGGUUGAGAUAGCUAUCAUGGAGACUCAGAUGGGACAAUGGAAGAGUGGUCUUGUUUUCCAGGGGAUUGAGAUAAGGCCAAUGAAAGAAGAAGUAACGAAAUGAUUUAGUUUCGGACAAGAUUUGAACAAAACUGUGUUCUUUGAAGUAUGAAUAUAGUUUGAAUCUUGUGUACUACUAAAUGAUUCUGGUCUUCCAUGUCUAGAGUUUAUUUAACAGUUUGAGUUUUUGAUAUGAAAAGCAAAAAAGUUAUGUCGAUUUUGUCUCUUGUGUACCUCUGAUUGAAUGGCAAUAAUUUAAUUUUGGCAGCUAGCCAACUAA